ACAACACACAGCAUCGCUCCCUCUCUGUCCGGAUUGUACCAUCGCAGGGAUGAAUUUUAACUCGUGUGAUGAAAGCUGAAGAUGAAUACUUCAUCUCUGACCCAUAUAAUGGCGGUAUUUCAAGCUCGGUAAUCUGAACCCCGCGGUGUUGCACACCGCUCCUCCGCUGUGCCCUCCUGGUGCGGCUGGAGCUUUUAGCGGCGCGUCUCGCCUCCCAUCUUUCUCCGCCUGGAUCCGAUUCACCUCUACUCUCCAUCUCACUUCCAGCAAGAGGAGAGGAGGGAGAAGGCGAAGCAGCACACACACAGAAAGGGGACACGGAAACGGGGAAAUUGUCUUGGACCUGGAAGCCAUACAAGAAAUCAGACAAAAUUCUAAUCAAAGAGUAAUCGAAGUGCAGUGCUGAGAAGUCGAGGAGUUCCUGUUUGUUCCUCCAACCUGAAGAUCCCUCCCUUUCCCAGUGAGUCUCCAUUCUGGUGCUGAGGCCAUGGCGGUGCCUGCAGCCUAUGAGUUUCACUGGCAGAGCCUGGCACGACUGCCCAGCGGCCGAGUCUACCACACUUUGGCUGAGGUGGGGGGACAGAUGUACAUGCUGGGGGGCUGCGAUGCUGCAGGGAGGCCUUGCCCGGGCCUGGACCUCUACUCCCCUGAGGGCGACAGGUGGAUAGGUUUGCCCCCAAUGCCUACCCCUCGUGCUGGGGCAGCUGUGGCAGUCCUAGGAAAGCAGAUCUUGGUGGUGGGAGGAGUGGGAGAGGACCAGAGCCCCGUAAAGAUGGUGGAGAUGUAUAACACUGAGGAAGGGAGGUGGAGAAAGAGGAGCACUCUGCGGGAGGCCCUGAUGGGUGUAUCCAUCACUGUGAAAGAUAACCGAGCUCUGGCUGUGGGUGGAAUGGGUGCUGACCUGCAACCUCGUAACAUCCUGCAGCAGUAUGACCUUCGAAAGGACGUGUGGGCUCAACUUCCUCCCAUGCCGACUCCACGCUAUGAUGCCAACGCAGAACUGCUGGGCAACAAACUCUAUGUGGCAGGUGGUCGUCAGUGUAAACGACCACUGAAAGCCUUGGAAGUGUAUGACACAGAGACACGUUCUUGGACUACGCUACCCAUGAUACCAUGUAAACGUUCAUAUGGGGGCGUCAUAUGGGACACAGCUGGGAGAAUGUGUCUUCUAGGAGGGCUGCGGCAGGGAGGAGGACACCAGAGUUCCAAGUUCACUAAAAACGUCAACAUUUUUGACACUAAUCAAGGUGCCUGGCUGAAGUCAGAGGAGACAGUGGCAAUGAAAACAAAGAGAGCUGACUUUGCUGCUGCGUUCCUGCGUGGCCGGAUGGUAGUAGCAGGAGGUCUUGGUCAUGAGCCCUCAGCACUGGACACAGUGGAGGCCUUUCAUUCUCAGAAGAAGAAGUGGGAGAUGCUGGCUCCCAUGACCUUCCCCCGUUGCUCCACCUCGUCCAUCGUCAUCAGAGACCGCCUCCUGGUGGUGGGAGGCGUCAAUCAGGUUCCCAGCUCGGCCCACGAGAUCCUUUACAUAAAAGAAGAAGAGUAUCUGUAGCCACACCAAAUGAAUGCAGCACAUCAGUGGUUCCUCUUCCUGUUAUUGAGCAAAAUUCUCUUGACUUUCUCAUGUGAUGUAAAGAUAAGACUGCCCCCUGCUGGGCUGUACUGGCACUGAGACCCCUAUGUACUGUAAGCACACACGAGCAAUGGAGGAGCUGGCUCUCUUUACACUGAGUUGUGUUUCUUGAUACUUUUCUUAUGUAACCCUUCUGCAUUGUACUUUGUAGUGCAUACUUGGGGAAGAGAAUAUUUUGUAGCUAUUAUGUCUAGUAAUGUAGACAGAAAAUAUAUGGAGGACCUAUGGCAUAUAUGCAUUUCAUGUUGUUUGUCUAGUCUUUGUUUCUCUGUUAACGUAUUUAUUCGUAGACCUACUGUGUGCUGCUCGCUGAGCAUUUGUAGAAAAUCAUAAUAUCCUAAUAAUGUUUUAAUUUAGUUUGAGGACAUGACUGCAAUAUUUGUAUAUAGAUAAAUAUCAUCGAGCAAAAAAGUCAAAUGGGAGAUGUUUGCUAGCGAACUGUACUGUAACAAUAUGUGCACUAAAGCAAUUGACACUGAAGAAAGUGAUUUUACCAUCAAUAACAAUAAUAAUAAUAAUAAUUUCUAGUGUAAUGUAUUGUAAUUACACCGAGAAUGCUGUACUUCCAGUCUUCUGUGUUGUAAAGAGUGCAUAUUUGUGAUUAUGGCCAUAGAUCUGCUUGAAUACAUUGCAUAUUAGAAAAGAGAUGGUGUACUCAAUCACAGUAUAUUGUCUGUUUAAGUGAUUUCCAGGCUGCCGUUGUAGGUAAAGGACCUGUUUAAUCUGACUGAUACAUGUUAUUCUUGCAGCAAUACUAUUUCUCUUUUGUCAGUGUUCAAUUUGUGCAAAAUGUGCAGUGGAUUUUUAGUCAUCAAUAAGAUUUCACUCAGGUUGUGAUGUUAUGACUUAGUAGUUAUUCUACUAACUGAUGGUAUGUUUGUUGUCAUUAUAGCUAAUGCUUACUGUAACUCCUGUCUCAGAUGAAUAAGCUGUGGAAUAGUUUGUUAAAAAUUCAUCCUCUGAAAAUUUUAUUUUCUCCUGCAACCUGAUGUCUGUUCUGUUCUGUACUCAAUCAUGUCAUGUGAUGUUAAGGAUAUGACAAGUCAUGUUCUGUGGAAUAAAUGUGAGC